UGAUGAUAUUGGCCACCUAACUGUGGAACCAAGACUAGGGGGAAAUGGGAGCUCUCUCCCUUUGCCUGGCAUCAAGACGGCAAGCAUAGUGAGCCCUGGUGUGGCCUCAUCCCCAGCCUCUUCCAGGGAACUUGCCUUCAACUUGACAGCCUCCAGGGAGGACACCACACAUAGCCACCUCCAAGCAGUAUUCAAAGACAUCUCCAUGGCAACAACCUUAAGCCCCAGGCCUACAGUGUCUACCAUCCCCUUGGUGACAUUACCUCCCCCUGUACCCUACAUAAAAUGGAUGGCAACGGAGGGCACCGAUCCUAGGGCCGAUGAUUCCACAGGGCAGGAACUGCUCGGCAGGAAUCAAACCACAGUAAAAUACCUGGCCUCGUACAGGAGCACACAGGUCUAUGGUGGCCCUCAAGGCAGGGAAGACCUCUCUACCACUCCUUUUAUACCCACACCGGCAACUGGGUACACCCAGAGUCCAUUAGGGCCGCAAAAGGGCACUGUGUACACAGCUCCCACUUCCCAGACACCACAGUUAACCAGUAUGGCUGUCCCACCGGAUAGGAAGGGCCCAGAAGGCUCCCGUCACUCGGCCCCAGAGGAUCUUUUCCUCAGCCCUUCAGCCUCUCCACUACCAGAAGGCACGACAGGGACCCAGGGGCCAGUUGUCCAUGAAAGAGUUACCCACUGGGGCCUGAUAGUCGAUACCACUCAGCAGCCAGGAACUCGGAGGACGGCAGGGACAGAACGGACUCACUCCCAUGACAGCUCCACAAAGUCGGCUUUUCCCAGCUUUGCCACCCCAGGAACUGGAGGAGCGGUUGAUAUUGACCCACAACGAGUCCGAGGAGCUGUGAUCCCAAGGAUUCCUGUUGGCUCCACAACUCCUUGGCAGGGCCCCUCUGUGGCGGGGAAGGGCCCAGGCACCAGUCACCAAGAUCCGGCCGGGACCCGUCCUCCUGGGCAGAGCUUUGCUGCGCUAGCCACCCCUUCGCCCCGCCUUCCGGCGACUCCUCGGCGCGGCCUGAUCCGGGUCACCACGCAAAGAGCCCUGCAGCACCCACAGCUGGCCAGGCCGGAGCCCAGCCUGCCAGCUCUGCAGCCUGCCUCCAACCCGCCCUGCCCACGCCCCGGCAGCGCCUGCAGCCAGUUUCUGCCCAACCAGACCUUGCUGCGGUGGAAGGACCUCGAGCGGACACUGAGCUUUGCCUGGGCCCUGCACGUCUACGGCUCGGGGGUGCUCUUCCUCCUGCUCAGCCUGUUGAGCUUGGCCUGCCUGGUGGGCUCCCUGGCCAUGCACGUGCCACAUCUCCUGUGUGUCGUGGGUGCCGGGGCCCUGCUACUGGUGUUCGGGGUGCUGCGUGCCACGUUUUUCCUGGUGGACCCAUACGGCUCGCGAGGCUGGCUCCCCUCUCGUGCCGUGCGGGCGCUGUACACGUCCCCCUUCCCCCUGCUGCUGAGUGCGUUCGCGGUGCUUCUGCUCCGCCUCCUCCGCCAGGCCCACCUGCAGGUCCUGCCCCCAAAGCUGCAGAGCCUGCUCUUCUUGGCUGCCCUGGGGUCCGCGCAGAGCAUCCUCCUCCUGGCGGCUGACCUGCUCACACCUCCCGUGCACCCAGCCGUGGCGGUGGGGCUGCACACGCUCUCCUGCGCUGCCGGUUUCUGCCUCUUGCCCGUCACCAUGUUUGUGUACUGGCGGCUACGGCACAGCACAGCGGCCGAGGGCACCCCCGAGCCAGGAGUAUGGAGCGGCGCGUGGGUGCUUCUGGGGAGCAGCGGGUUGGCGCUCCCGUGUUGUGGGCUGCAGCUGUACGGGGUGCUGUGGCUCUCGGGGCUGCUGGGCCGGCCCGACGUUUUCACCUGGGGCUGGUGGUUUGUGCAGUUCUGGUUCCGGAUCGGCGAGCUGGUCCUCUCUUUCACCCUGGUCUUCUUAGCCUGGCAGGCCCUGUGCCAGCGGUACGGCAGCUCCGAGCACUCCUGCUGGACCAAGCUCACCCGCUACUUCUGUACCUACCGCAAGGCCGAGGCACCCGAGUAUCCCAACAACUGUUACGACUGGACCGGAGGGGUCCUGGAGAAAGUGCCCAACAACGAUAUCAGUAAGAGCUUGAUCUGGAACCCGCCUGCCAGUGGGCGCCUCUGGGCCCUGAAGGACAGCAACGAAUUGCGGGCAGUGGCCGUCCAGGGUUCCAGCCCCUCCCCGGUCCACCCCGUCUACAGCCCCAAGUGCCACAAUGCCGCAGCCGCCACCAUGGGCCGCUCCUACACCAGCAUCUGCUUUGAAAGGGAUUCGGUGCUCUCCCUGGCCGAGCUGGAGUUCCGGCCCCCCUCGCCCAUCAACCUGAGCCGCAGCAUCGACGAAGCCCUCUUCCGGGAGCAUCUGGUGCGCGACUCCAUCUUCCUGCGCUCCAGCCUCCACUUCCCUUCCCGCUUGGCCCGCCAAGAUUCGUGCUCCUCGCUGCGCGGCGAGUGCUCUACCCUCUCCCACGCGGCGCAGCCUCUGCUGGCACGGCCUCGCCGGAGCAGCGACCCGGACUGUCUGUACAGCCUGGCGCGGGCCAGCUCGAUGGGCGAGCUCACCACGCAGAGCCGGGGCCUGGCCAGCGAGCCCCCAACGGACACCUCGUUCGACAGCUUCUCCCGCACCUCCUUCUCCCGGGCCUCCCUCAAGAUCAGCUGGAACCCCUGGCGCCAUGGCCUGUCCUCACCAGAGAGCCUGCCCCCGGAGGAGCUGCCCAGCCAGGCCCAACUCCUGCCAGAGGACCCCCCUCCGGCUCCGUCCAGCAGCGCGCCCAACUCUGAAGGCGAGGCCAGGAGGAGUUUCUUGGCUCUCAGCAAGCAGGUGGAUUCCCGCAGUCUCUCCAGUGACACCAUUGAACUGUGAGACCGGGCAGUGGGGCUCACCUUCCCCUUGUGCCUCGGAGGCACCAGCGUGACUGUGCGGGGCAGGAAGACCUCCCCGAGCGGGUUUGUUUCAACGGCUGGGGCCCGGAAGACUCCACUUUCCUUUUGACAAGCCAUGGGGCUGCCCCAACCGAGCCUAAUUCCAGCCGUUCACAUGAUGGCUCCAGAUGUGGUGCUGGGUCCUUCCUGUAGUAUCAGCCACACCCCGGGUCCAGUCACCCAACCUUGUGUCAGCCACAUAUGUAGGACCAGUGAGCUACUGUGACCAAGCUGUUUAGUGCCUGCAAGUCCAAGCAUCUCUCCCCGAAUUUCCAUAGACACCUUUGUGUCCUGUGUCUGGCGUACCGGAAAGAGAGAUGGACAGAAAUCUGGAAACCCUCCAGUUGCCGCGUGGAUUCUGGGGAAGGGAGAAGGGUAGCCAGUCCCGAGUCUGGAAGAGGCCUGUCUGCAGCUCCACCUCCAGUGCCCGUCGGCCCAUCCUGCAGUCGCUGUUUGUGCUCGUAGAGACACC